AUGUCUCAGGGUCGAGGACAGAUGACGGGGGUGGGCUGUUUUCAACUCCCUCUUGACAGUCUAUCCAGUUUACUACCUUAUACCGACAGAAAAGCACUAAGAUAUGCCUUUUAUAAUACUGUUGCCGUUGUUUGCCUCGUGUCUAUCAUGGUUUUAUGCAUAGCUAUUUGUCUGGUGCUGAAGGCUUUUCUCCGUCCGAUCUGCUGGGCUUUGAUCGUUGGAACGUGUUUGUUCCCUUGCAAACUUAUGUUGACAAUAUAUUUGCGCAAAUAUUUGCAACAGCAAAAGGAAAGGGGUUGUCUCUUCGUCUUGACUGUGGCAUUAACUCCUGUUAAAUUCUUUCAAUCAACGGCGACUACCUUUCUUGAUACACUAUGGUCAAAGGUGUCUGCAGCACUUUCCAAAGUUAAUCGGACAGGUCAGAGCACGACGGCGGGAACGUUGCUGCGUCGGCUCUCGCUGCUGCCGGAGAGCAAAUCGGGGGACGCCUGCUCGCAAUCGUUCUCAUCUCCACAAAUUUUGCAGAUGGCAGGGGGGAAGGGGCACGUCUUCCCUGCGACCAGCGGGGUAUCUGACACUUCCAACGCCCUCGUGCGUGCCUGUUUUACGGGCCUGGGGCUCGUGCACUUCGCGGUGGCCUUCUGGACGCGUACCUGGCUCUUCCGCCUCGUCCUCGUCUUCACUUCCAUUGGUCUCCUGGCCUACGCCGUCGCCAGUCUUCAACUUGUUCCAGGUGCUCUCUGGCUCCUACGACGUAUUUGGAUCUCUCUUAAGGUCGCCCUCUGUAGCUCUGAUUCCUUUGUCAUGGUCGAGAACAGUGAGUGCUCUCCUCUCCUAAUCCCCGCCUCUCUCAAGGCGUCUCUGCGAUGGGCUCGCAAAAUCGAGCGCCAUAUCUAUGACGUUGUCGAUAACUACUUGGAUUACUUGGUCAGUCUCGUUAUAGUAAGCCUAAUGGUUCUGAUUAGUCUCCUCUUCACCGUCUUUCUCGUGAUUCAGGUGGGUGGCCUCUCGAUAUAA